UCGAACUCGGGUCAGAUGGCUGGUCAGAAAGUGGGAAUUGAAAUUGACCAGUCCUCCUGUAUAUGGAGAAUGAACAAUGCUCCUACCAAGGGUUAUGAGGUGGAUGUUGGGAAGAAGACGACCAUACGAGUGGUCUCACACACCAGUGUUCCCCUGUUGCUCAAGAAUCCCGAUUACUUUUUCAAGGAAACCAAUAGCACGGUAUAUGUCAUCUGGGGGCCUUUUCGAAACAUGAGAAAAGAUGGCAAUGGCAUUGUGUACAACAUGCUGAAGAAAGCUGUUGACAGCUACCCCGAUGCCAAAAUCUAUGUGACAACAGAAAAGCGCAUGAAUUACUGUGAUGGGGUAUUUAAGGAGGAGACCGGAAAAGAUCGAGUCCAGUCAGGUUCAUAUCUCAGCACUGGGUGGUUUACCUUAAUUCUGGCUAUGGACGCCUGCUAUGGAAUUCAUGUCUAUGGGAUGAUAAAUGACACCUACUGCAAGUCUGAAGCCUUUCGAAAGGUCCCUUACCAUUAUUAUGAGCCAGGAAGAGAUGAAUGUGAUGAGUACUUUCUGCAUGAAAAUGCUCCCUAUGGAGGUCAUAGGUUUAUCACAGAAAAGAAAGUAUUUGCUAAAUGGGCCAAGAAGCACACAAUAAUAUUUACACACCCCAACUGGACACUGUCUUGA